CUGCCUUCAAGCUCUCGACGCUUUUGUCCUUCCGCCAUUUUGCGUGUUCCAGGCGCUGAUUGGGCUUAAUACUCCGGUUCUGGAACCAAUCAGAGCGGAGAGAAGAACCGAGACCGGGAGAGUAGGUACCAGACAAUUGUGUACUGCAACUAAUUUACUUACGGGAAGAUGGAGCAGUACACGACAAGCAGUAAUGGGUCGCCAGAGCAGAUUGUGGUUCAGGCAGGGCAGAUCCAACAGCAGCCGGGUGCGGUCACUGCUGUCCAAUUACAGACAGAGGCUCAGGUGGGAGCAGCCUCAGGACAGCAAGUUCAGACCCUCCAGGUAGUGCAAGGUCAGCCUCUUAUGGUUCAAGUCAGUGGUGGACAGCUAAUCACCUCCACUGGGCAGCCAAUCAUGGUGCAGGCAAUGGGAGGUCAGGGUCAAACCUUAAUGCAAGUGCCAGUGUCUGGAUCCCCAGGACUGCAACAGAUUCAACUAGUGCAGCCGGGGCAGAUUCAGAUCCAAGGAGGUCAGGCUGUGCAGGUGCAAUCCCAGCAAGGGCAGCCUCAGCAAAUAAUCAUUCAGCAGCCACAGACAGCGGUUACUGCUGGACAGAGUCAGAGCCAGCAGCAGAUUGCAGUCCAGGGCCAGCAGGUGGCACAGACGGCUGAAGGGCAGACAAUUGUGUAUCAGCCAGUAAAUGCUGAUGGUACCAUUCUGCAGCAAGUGACAGUCCCUGUUACAGGAAUGAUCACUAUACCUGCAGCCAGCUUGGCCGGAGCUCAGAUUGUGCAGGCCGGAACAAAUACAAACACAACAAAUAGUGGCCAAGGGACUGUUACGGUGACCCUGCCUGUGACUGGUAACAUGAUGAACUCAGGAGGCAUGGUGAUGAUGGUUCCUGGUGCUGGAUCUGUUCCUGCCCUGCAGAGGAUUCCACUACCUGGGGCUGAAAUGCUUGAGGAGGAGCCAUUGUAUGUGAAUGCCAAACAGUAUCACCGCAUCUUGAAGCGACGCCAGGCACGAGCAAAACUUGAGGCUGAGGGCAAGAUACCUAAAGAGAGAAGAAAAUACUUGCAUGAGUCACGGCACCGCCAUGCCAUGGCCAGAAAAAGAGGGGAUGGAGGGCGAUUCUUUUCCCCAAAAGAAAAAGAAGGCCACCACAUACAGGAAGUGGAGUAUCAGUAGGCACAGCAAGAUGAAGCCAGUCUGAAGGGUUCAUCUCAGGGAAGCAGUGCUGCCACCACUCGAACUUCAUCCGAAAAACAUUUAUACUCUGACACGCCACCUUUUUUUAUGCACAGCCCCUUACCAAUGGAGAACUUUAAACUUGCAGAUCUCUUUAUCAUAGUAGAUGUGUGAAUCCACCCAUCACCUUUUGCAUAAUGGUUUGGAACUGCCUAGGUCUUCCUGGAUGUGUCUUCUAGUCAUUUUUUUUUUUUACAGUCCAUAGCAUGCAAGAAGACGUGGGAGGGAAGCUUUUUUAAUUGUUUGAAGUGCUGCCAUUAAAUGUUUUAUGGGGAGUAGCCCAGAAGUUUCAGCUAGACAAUGUGCUGAAACUUUUGAUGUAUUUAAAUAGUUUAUAUGCAAUAUCCUCUCUCCUUUUUAUCAAACCUGAAUCUUGUUUUGUUUAACGUUUGCUUAGUUUUAUUGGCAUCUUCUUGGUUAAAGGGGGUUAAUUACAUUUUCAUAUGGGCCUUUAUAAAUGGACAAUGGGAGGGAAUCUUGGGUAAAUAUGAAAUAUUGGAGAUAAUGGUUUCCUGAUACCGUCUUGGAAGAUGUAUUGACGUUAUAUGUAAUGACCACAGUGCUUCAUGCAGAGAUUAUUUUUAACAAGCCAGUUUAAUAUACUUGUGAAAAUGUGGUGUUAAACUGCAUGUUUCUAUGUGUUUCAUGUUUCUACAUGUGGAGGAUUAUGGCAGAUAUCAAUAAUGUGGAUUUGUUACUUCUGGAAACUUUGUACAUACUUUUUUUUUAUUUUAUAUGCAA